AUGUCCGCUCGGUCGUUUGGUAAUUUGUUCGAUCGGGCUAGUAACGUUGCUCCUAUUUUCCCCUUAAGUAAAUAUCGCAAAGCUUCGUUGCGCGUCACAGCCUCCAACAUAGCCAUUUUAUUUUGGCUCUCCAAUUUCUUAUCUCGAACACUCUUAUUUGUUUUAGUAAACGUAAACAGGGUUGCGGUUGAUGACAUCAGAUUGAAGGAAUUGUCGAUGGAACGUCAGCUUUUCAAACGCGGUAACGGAAAUUGUGAGAUUGGGAACCUCAAGUGGUACCGCCCGCUGCCCCUUGAGCGGGUAUUUCUGGCCGAGUUGGGGCAUAAAUCAAUUGAGUGUCAUGCCCAAGCCGAGCGCGAGCGGUCUGUGCUUCAGGCGCUUUACUUCACUCGAGAAACCAUACCUCCUUCCGCCGAAGAGCCUGACGCAGAGGAUUAUGAUCCAAAGCCUCCCACCGAGAUACCUCUCGAUGAUGUAAGUAGUCUAAAUAGCAGUGGGUCCGUCGCGCGGCUAUAUGAUCCUACAGGUCGUGUCCGCGUCUGA